CACACUUACAUGAUGUACUUGUUAUAGCUAUUAUAUUCAUUCUGGCAUUAUUUAUAUGGUAUGUGAAAUUAUUCAUCCAAUCAACAAAGGAACAAUUUAUGAGUAAACAGAAAAUGUGAAAAAUGACAAUUAAGGAGUAGUAAACAAUGACCAAGCUCAUUAGAAACACUAUAUGAUGGCUACAGCAGUGCCGACUGUGCAGACUUCUAAAUUCUUCAACUGGAUAAAGGCUGCUCUAGCCGUUUUAUACACAAAAGAGGAAGUAGAGCCAGUUGUUGUCAGUGAGAUCAAAGAUUUCCAGCAGAACUCUCUAAAUACAAUUUCCUCAUCAAACAGCCUACCAGCCGGAAGCACCUGUUCUAACUGCUGUACGGAAAAUCUCAUUGUUUGUCUAACAAACAGACUUUGCAACGCAAAACGUGGAAAAUGCAGUUACCAUAAAAACAAUGCAACACAAUAUCGCCAAUCUGGCUGCCCGAAUAAAAUUUGUCAUAAUCUAAAAUUUGAAAUUCAAAAAGCACAUCGAUAUCAUGGUCCAUCGUAUAAAAAUACAGACGCAACAAAAUGGUGCAGCAAUGUUUGGGAAAUUGCCAAAUGUUAUCUCCCACCAGACGGAUACAAGGAUGUAUCGAAUGCUGCAGAGACUGAUUUUAAUGGCAUCAUUAGUGUCAUUAUUAAUCACAAAGGAUUUGAGGCGAAAAUACAAGACGACUUGUCCAAGAAGAAUAAUAUAUUUGAAAAGGGCAGAGAUGUUGGUAGAGCUGUCAGACAUUCUCCUAAUCUGGAGGUCGAGGAUACAGAUCUAACACAAUAUUUUACCAUUUUAAACAACAUUUUGACCGAUCCUGGAUUCGUAGCAAUGAAUAAAUCCCCAAACAAUGCAAUUCAGAAAUUGGCGAAGCUUCAAAGUGACGAUUUGAUCAUUGGGAAAGACGUUGUACGUAAAGUUUUGGACGAUGUAAGAAAAACAAUUCAGGAACAAAUAAAAAAUGAGAUGAAUGAGUACAAACAGAAGACUGAAGAAAGAAAAUUAGAGCUGAUUAACAUUAUAAACUUAAAAGUAAAAGAUAUUGAAGAGAAGGGAAAUGUUUCACUUGUCCAACUGAAUGGUGCAGUGCAAUCGUCCAUUGAUGCUUUUGAGGCUAAGGUGAAAGAAUCUAUUCAAGAGAUAGACAGUCAGACAAAGAAAGGAAAAGAAACCCUUGAAAGUGUUACCAAUGAUGGCGUUCAAAAUGUCAACAAAGAAAAAGAAAAUGCAAUGAAGGAGAUACAAAAAGCUGCAGAAAAAUCAAGAGGUAACGAUGCCGCAUUGAAAUCGUCCAUUGAUGCUUUUGAUGCUAAGGUGAUUGAAUCUAUUCAAGAGAUAGACAGUCAGACAAGGAAAGGUAAAGAAACCAUUGAAAGUGUUACCAAUGAUGGCGUUCAAAAAGUCAACAAAGAAAAAGAAAAUGCAAUAAAGGAGAUACAAAAAGCUGCAGAAAAAUCAAGAGGAAGCGAUGCCAAUGCUAAGAUCUCUGAGGAUACGUAUCAAAAGAAGAAAGAAGAGCUCAAAGAUGGUUUGAUUGAAUUCUACAAAACGAGACACAGUAAAGUUUUCCUGUCGCCCCUUUUUGAAGAAAAUGACACGCCUUUGGCUUCUUUCUACAUAAGACCUGAAUUGAACCUAAUAAACUCAGCACAGACGAGAAAUGCCGAAAAAAGACAAGUCAUAUCGUUAUCGGCGAUGCUUAAAACCGGAAAUCAAGCUAAGCAAGAAAUACAUGUUAUUGCUGACGCUGGUCUCGGAAAAACUGCAUUUUCAAACUAUCUGGCGAUCACAUGGUGUCAAGCUCAUUUUCCAGAGGAAUACAUGACUCAGUCUUUUGAAAAGGAUGAUAUAGAUUGUAUGCAGGGAUAUGAUUUCUUAUUUCUGGUCUUACUGCGAGAUUCGAACAAUUUAUGUUCUAUAGAUGAUCUCAUAUUUGAAAAGAUUGUUUCAGAUUUGGGUCUAGAAGAAAAGCCUUCCCAGGAUUUUCUCCUUAAAAUUUUAAAAAAUGAGAAAUGCCUCGUUAUACUUGAUGGACUAGAUGAAUGGAUUCACCCCGAAAAUGAAUGUCACAGAUCGCCGCAAUCAUUCCCUCAUAGGAAUGACCGUAAAAAGUGUACAAUACUGACAACUACGCGACCAUGGAAAUUAGGAGUUUUGAAUCUAAAUUCGUGUCAAAUUGGGAAAAAGGUAGAACUUACAAAACUAAGUUACGACUCAGCAGUUACACUUACAGAAAGGAUAUUACAAAGAUUGAAAUCUCAUCUAAAUAAGGAUGAAUUACAAAGUGAUGUCACAGAGUUUAUUUCAGAAAUUGAAAGUAGAGAAAACGAUGAACUUACUUCUGUGCCUCUACUUUUGAUAUAUACAAUUUGUUUAUGGUGUGACGAUGUUCAAAUAGGUACUUCAAAAUGUGAACUCUAUAUAGACAUAGUAGAGCUGCUCUUAUCUAGAACGAUUCAGAAGCAUGGAGAUCUUCAACAAUUGUUUGACCUUUCUGAUAUCCCUGAAUGCUUUGCUGAAUAUGAAAACUGUACUAAAUACUACCCACUCCUUAUGUGUUUGGGGAAAUUAGCUUAUUAUACUUUAUUCAAUAAAACUAGAGAAAACACGUUGGUAUUUGAUGGAUUAAUUGCUAAAAAAUAUCUCUCAGCAGACGAGAUGAAAUUCACCCUUCACUCAGGAAUGUUGUCAGAAAGUACAUCUAAAACAUUAACAAAAAAGUUUAGUAAAAUGUCAUUUUCCCACAAAACAGUUCAGGAAUUCUUUGCUGCAAUAUUUAUAAGUUCUGAAAAUGAGGCUCAGGAAAUUGUUGUAGAAAAAUGUAGAAAUAUUCAAGACAUUCUAGACAUGUCAAAAAUUUAUGAAUUUAUAAGUAAAAUGAACGCUGACCGGAUAUGUGAAAUUUCAAAUGAUUUGAUGUCUGUGAUAAAUGAAGACAAGGAAACACGUCACUAUAGAACUAGGACAUUUGGUCACAAGUACAUGUACAACAAAUGUUGCUAUAACGCAGUUGUAACAAAUCAAGAAGAAACAUAA